AUGGUUGAGUGGAAGAAAAUUCUUUAUCGUCAACAAAAGAAUUUUCCUGAUAAUUAUGUGUCAAAAAAAUACUUUUUAAGUGGACUAACUAAGAAUCAUAGUCUUAGGAAAUAUAGUUUUAAGGACUCCAUAUAUGGAGCAUCUAGAUUUACCCUUCAGUUAAAUAUUAUUUUUUUUUUCUAUUUGGGGCAUUAUUUUAUUAUGAAUAAUUUGUUAUCUCUAUAUAGUCUGAUAAUAAUUAAUAUAGUUGUACCAAUAACAGCAAUAUUUAUUUAUUGGACUGAAGAAGGUCAAAACUUUACAACACAUUUGACGCAGGUUGCAAUGCAAGCAUUAUUUUGUUGUUGUCUAACGUACGCUGUUUCCCCAAUUUUGAGAACAUUAGGAAGAGAGAUUGACACAGAUUCAAUAUAUAUUGCAUCAGGACUGUUCUUUAGCCUUAGUAUAAUAUUUCAUGAUUUUGGUUUAUCGUCUCCAAUUGUUAAUAUGAAUUUUAUAAUUCCAACCAUAUUUGUAAAUAUGCAAACUCUUAAAAAUGUUAUACACGGUCCUUGGGAUGAAGCUACUGUGAAUAAAGAGUGA